UUGGCAUUCAAAGCCAAGAUGGCUCAGAGUAUAAAUAUGAGCGACUGUGAUCUCACAUCCGGGACACUUGUGAUAUUAAAUAGAUACAUUUUUAAUAACUUUAUUAAAAAUACUUUUUUAUGUCGUGAUCAUGGAUAGAUACUUAAUCAGAACUAUUAUGUGCAUUAAAUUUCAGUUUGGUCGCUAAUAUAUUUUAUUACUGACCUGUAUAAAGCUUAACUAUUGUUAAUGUAUCAAUCACAAUUUAUUGGUAUUUUAAUAAUGAUCCUUCCAAUGAAUCACACAAAAACAAUUUUUUUAUUUAAAUAUUUUAAAUAAGAAAAAUAGCAAUACUACCAACAAAACGUUUUUUAAAGUGAAAUGUUUUUCGCUGAAUUUGCCUGUUUUUAUCAUGAAUUUCAGCUGUAUAUUACUUGAAAACAUUUAAAGUAUUUUGAUAAUAUAGUACUUUAAAUGGCUUCUAGGUUAGAUCGUUUAUUUCUUUUGUUGGACACAGGCUCAACACCAUUAACUCGGAAAGCUGCAGCUGUGCAGCUGGGUGAAGUUCAAAAGCUUCAUCCUCAUGAACUGCAUAAUUUAUUAGCCAAAGUGAAACGUUACAUCUACAAUUCAAAUUGGGAUACCCGUAUUGCUGCCGGUCAGGCAGUAGAAUCCAUCAUUAAAAAUGUGCCAGAAUGGGAGCCUGCAAACUAUUCCUAUGCUAAAAAUGAAAGCUUUAACAAGCCUCAAGAUUUGUCAUUUACUGGUCGAAUGUCUUUUGAAAAGUUUGAUGUUAAUAAAGUAAUGCAAAAUGGAAGCAACUUGUUAGCAUGUGACAGUGCGAAAAUAGAAGAGAAAGAAAUUGAUAUGAAUCUCCAAGAGAAUCUCGCCAGACAAAGGCAGAUGUUAAAUCAGCACUUGGGAUUAGAUGUUUUUGACGAUUUUGGUUCUAAUUAUUUGUCCAGUGAAGAUUUUGAAGUAAACCAUACUGCUAGCAGUGUAAAAAUAAAGCAAGAAAAAACUGACGCAACAGAAACCUUGAACAGUGAAACUUCCAAUCUUUCGCUUCAAACAAGUCAAAGUAUUGCUGAACCUGCAGCCAAAAAAAGAAAGAUUGAAAAUUGUUCAGAUGAAAAACAAGGGGAUGUCAUUAGUAGUGGAAAUUUAUGGGAAGAGUCUAACCACUGGCCAUUGGAAUCAUUCAGUGAUAAUCUAGUUCAGGAUUUAUUGAAUGCAUCUUGGGAAAUUCGUCAUGGGGCUGCAACAGCUUUACGUGAAAUUGUGAGAAUUCACGGAAAAGAUGCUGGAAAAAAACUAGGAAUAUCUCUCCAUGAAAGUAAAUAUUAUAACCAGUUAUGGCUGGAAGACUUGGCUCUUAGAUUAUGCUGUGUAUUAGCCUUAGACAAGUUCGGUGAUUUUGUCUCGGAUCAAGUUAUUGCACCUGUGAGAGAAACAUGUUCUCAAGUAUUAGGGAUAGUUACUAAUUUAUUAUCAGAAGAAAGAGUUAUAAAAGUCCUUCAGAUAUUAUUACAGUUAUUAAAGACACCUGCUUGGGAGGCUCGCCACGGGGGAUUACUUGGUUUAAAAUAUAUCCUUGCUGUUCGGAAGGACUUAAACUCAAAUUUGAUUCCAAUGGUGUUUGAUUCUGUUUGUAAUUGUCUCACUGAUAAUGUAGACGACGUCAGUGCGGUUGCGGCUUCUGCAUUAGUACCUGUGACGGAUGUGAUUGUUUCAGCAUUACCAGACAAGAUCACUUCUAUUUUGACCUCUCUGUGGGAUGCUCUUUUGGAUCUAGAUGAUUUAACAGUUUCUACGAGCUCCAUUCUUCAACUCUUAGCAUCUCUUUUAUCAUACUCUUCUGAAUUUUGCUCAAAUAGCUGCCUGAGACUAGAAGAGCUUGUUCCUCGUGUUUGGCCUUUUCUAAAUCACAGCUCAUCAAUUGUUCGAAAAUCAGUCCUUCAAGCGCUCAUCACCUUAACUUCGAUAAAUAAUAAUCAGACAAGUAUUCUAUGGUUUCCAGAAAUAUUACAACCUGCCUUAAGACUUUUGUUCCAAAGGAGCUUAGUGGAACCUCUCUCAGAAAUCCAUGUACUCUUGUUCCAAGUCUGGAAUAAUAUGAUUUCUCAUGCUCCUUUACUAUCUGUUGUAACAUCAUCUCUCCAAUUCUUAAGUCCCUGGUUGUCAAUAAUGAUGCAGCCUGCCAAUGUACCAUAUGAUCCUAGUACUAAUCCAGCCUGGCUGGCAAUGCCUCAUAAAUUAAAAGAAAAAACGUCAGGUCGUUCUCGGUUUUCAACUGGAGAAAAACCACCUCCUGAACAGUAUUAUAUUGGCGGCAAUAGUCCUGGAAAUGAAAACUCCAAGGAGCGAGAAUUAAACAUAAUCCAAGCCAAAAUAACUGCUGCAAAGUUUAUAGGUGUACUUGUUUCGUAUAUUAGAAAAGAUGUUCCAGGUGUCAAGUUUACACCUGAAAUUGAUACUCCUCUCAAUUCUUUUAUAAAAUUUUCUCUUUUCCAUUUGAAUUCCAAAUCUGCUCAACAAAGGCUGGCAAUUUCUUUAGUACUGAAUGAAUGGGCUAAAUGUGAUGAGGAGUUUGAUUUCCCGCCUUCUGUCAAGGAAAAAUGUCUAGAAUGUUUGAAUGAAACAGUAUAUUUUGAUGAAAUAGCAGUUGCUUUUACAAGGCUUCAACAAGAGUGUAAAGAUUUUAUAUCACUUUUAAAGCAUUAUUCCAUUCCUGUUGAUCCCACGUUUCUGACAGGAUCUGUAUUUACAUUUGAGCAAAUUCUCAGCUUUACGGCAUCUGUAGCUAGUUCUUUGUGUACAAUUAAGUUAAAAGCAAAAAUUCAAGAGACUGUUGAAGAAAGAAGAAGAAUAUUGGUGAAAAAUACAAACCAAACUAGCAGUGAUUUAUCUAAUUUAUCUAUCAUGGUGCAAUCCUCUAUUGCUGGGGCUCUGGUUUCCUUUAAAUACUUACCUGAAAAAUUAAAUCCUGUAAUCAGACCCCUGAUGGAUUCCAUUAAAAAAGAAGAAAAUGCAAUAUUACAACGAGCAUCUGCUAAACAUUUAGUGAACUUGAUGAAAUUGUGUUUUGAAAGAAGCAAUGCUCCAAAUGCUAAAAUCAUAAAGAAUUUGACAAGUUUCCUUUGCUAUGAUAUCAUUAAUUGGAACAUGAGCAAUGAAAUUGUUGCUUCUGGUGGAAAUGGUUCAGUCAAUGAAAAUCACAUACAACAAAAAACAUGUGAAAUAAUUUCUCUCUCUAAUAUGCAAAAGGCAGCAGAAAAAGUUGUACUUCGUCGAAGUAACUCAACAACAUCUAAGAAAGCGCUGUCUUUUUCUCCUGAUGAAAAUCCCAUUGAAAAUGAGUUGCAAAAGAGUAACGAACUCCAAGCUAGAGGUGCUACUAACGUUUUCACUCAUGCUGCAGAACAUUUUGGAGUGGAUUUGCAGAGCAGAUUGCCAAGAUUAUGGGAAUCUGUAUUUCAACCACUUAAUUCUUACAUUAAUCCUAAAGAAACAGGAUGUGAUAUGUUUAAUAAGGAAAUAAAUAUAAUCGAGUUGUUGUGUAGUUUACAAGUUCUAAGAGUCAUUUGUCCUUAUCUUCAUCCAAAACUCCAUUCUGAGUUAGAAAAUGUCUUGCCUUCUAUUUCCUGUUGUUUGGAAUAUCCUUUGCCCUUCGUACGUCACAAAGCUGCCUCUUGUUUGGGAACACUGGGUAAAGUAAUCACUUCAUCUACAAUGAACAUAGUUUUAGACAGCAUACUGGUUAAGUUGGGAGCGUCUGACAAUGAUGUACAGAGACAAGGUGCUAUUGAAGCUGUAUCUUGUAUCAUUGAAGAGUUGGGUCUCGAAAUUGUACCAUACAUUGUAUUCUUGAUUGUGCCUAUGUUGGGAAGAAUGAGCGACCAAAAUGAACAAGUGAGGCUGCUUGCAACUUAUUGCUUUGCCUCAUUGGUUAAACUUAUGCCUCUAGAAGGUGGUAUAAACACGUCUUCAACAUUGGAUGCUAAUCUGUUAGCUAAGAAAGAAAAAGAAAAAAAGUUUUUGGAUCAGCUGAUGAAUCCUAAAAAGGCCGAUCCAUAUACAAUUCCCAUUCCUGUGAAUGCUGAGCUACGAUCUUAUCAGCAGGAUGGAGUUAAUUGGUUGGCAUUUCUGAACAAAUAUAAGUUAAAUGGCAUAUUGUGUGAUGACAUGGGGUUGGGGAAAACACUACAAUCUAUCUGCAUACUUGCUGGUGAUCAUUACCUACGUCAGAAAACUUACAAGGAAACUAAGCAGGCCGAUUGCAAACCACUUCCUUCUUUGGUUGUUUGUCCUCCUACCUUAACAGGCCAUUGGAUUUAUGAAGUGGACAAAUUUGUCGAUACCUGUUAUUUGAAUCCACUACAUUACACUGGUCCCCCUGCAGAGCGAAUGAGGCUACGACCACAAGUUAAACACCACAAUUUAGUUGUGGCAUCCUACGACAUAGUGAGAAAUGAUAUUGAUUUCUUUGGUGCUAUUCAUUGGAACUAUUGUAUUCUUGAUGAAGGACAUAUAAUUAAGAAUGGAAAAACAAAAUUGGCAAGAGCAAUAAAGCAAUUAUCAGCAAAUCAUAGACUCAUUCUGUCUGGUACUCCCAUUCAAAAUAAUGUCCUAGAAUUAUGGUCUUUGUUUGACUUUCUCAUGCCUGGAUUCCUGGGCACAGAAAAACAAUUCACUGCUCGUUACAGCAAGCCUAUUUUGCAAAGCAGAGAUGCAAAAUCAUCCUCCAAGGAACAAGAAAAUGGAGUCUUAGCAAUGGAAUCAUUACACAGACAAGUCCUUCCAUUUGUUUUGAGAAGAAUGAAAGAAGAUGUAUUAAAAGAUCUUCCACCAAAAAUUAUACAGGAUUACUAUUGCGAAUUAAGUCCUCUACAAGUUCGCUUGUAUGAAGACUUUACCAAAAGUAGAGCCAAACAAUCAGUAGAAAAUGUCAUAAUGGAAGGAGACACGUCUUCUAACUCUGCUGGAACUUCACAUGUUUUUCAGGCUCUUCAAUACCUUAGAAAAGUGUGUAAUCAUCCUAAACUUGUCCUUUCAUCUAAUCAUCCAGAAUUUGAAGCUAUAACUGCUCAACUUCAAGAACAAAAUUCUGGUUUACAUGAUAUUAAUCAUGCAGCUAAAUUAUGUGCAUUAAGGCAGUUGCUUUUGGAUUGUGGGAUAGGAGUUUCUAAUAACACUAUUGAUUCUAGUGAACCGACUCCUGCUGUCAAUCAACACAGAGCUUUAAUUUUUUGCCAAUUGAAAGGCAUGUUAGAUAUCCUUGAAAAUGACUUGCUGAGGUCAUUAAUGCCAAGUGUUAGCUAUCUCAGGUUAGAUGGUAGUAUUCCAGCUGGAAUUCGUCAUUCUGUUGUUCAUAAAUUUAACAAUGAUCCAUCCAUUGAUGCCUUACUUCUUACUACACAAGUUGGUGGACUUGGCUUAAAUCUUACUGGUGCUGAUACUGUAAUUUUUGUAGAACAUGACUGGAAUCCUAUGAAAGACUUACAGGCCAUGGAUCGAGCUCACAGAAUUGGGCAAAAGAAAGUUGUCAAUGUGUAUAGGUUAAUUACCAGAGGAACAUUAGAAGAAAAGAUUAUGGGGCUUCAAAAGUUUAAGGUUUCUGUAGCUAAUUCUGUGAUAAACCAAGAAAACACAAAUCUUCAAAAUAUGGGUACCGACCAAUUGUUAGAUUUGUUUACUCUUGACAAUAAGGGUGAGAAAAUUGCAUCCUCCAACGCAAAUAAAGAUUCCAUUGAAACAAAAGGUAUUAAAUCUGUUCUGGACAAUUUACCUGAACUUUGGGAUACCUCACAGUAUGAAAGUGAAUAUGAUUUGUCCAAUUUUUUAAAAUCCUUAAAAUAAAAUUUAAAAAAAUAUGCACUCUGAAUCAACGGUCAUCUUGUUUAAGGAUUUGUGAAAACAUAUUUUAAUACCAUUUUAAAGUCUUGAUUUUGUUUUUUCAUUUGCUGCACAAAAAUGUCUUAACAUUAUUGUUUUUGUAAUCUAAAUUGUUAUUUGUUGAUUGUAUUUAGAAUGAGUGUUAAAACAUUUAUUGAGAUUAAUUUUGCAUUUUCAUUCUUGCCAAGUUUAACAGGUGUUUCUAAAUAUAGCAUUGUAUGAGACUUAAAACAGUCUAUGUAGGCUAUUCUGAAAACUGAUGUUAUGUUUUUGAAAAUAAUAAAAACUGAUUACAUAGUUCUUUUUUAAAAAAAGAACUAUGACUGUGCAUUUAUAUAACCACCUCACUAUUUAUUAGGGAUGUAACAAAUAUUCGGCCUUGUUGCUGAAUAUUCGAUUGGCUGAAUAUUCGGCAAAGUAGUUAGAAAAGUUUUUAUUGUUGAAUUUUUUUUUAAAAUUUAUUAUUAUAAAUUUUUUUUAGUUUGAGUAGAUGUAAUAAAGAGUAAUCUAAAAUUGUAUUUUAUGAUACAUUAUUAGAAAUAGUUUUUACACAUAUUUAAGUUCUAAAACUUAUAAAUUUGGUUCUGAAAGACAAAUGGAAAAGUGAAAUUUGAAGAAUUGAAGCUAGAUUACUAUAUACUGAACUUCGAGUUUUGUACUGCUGAUAUUUUUAAAAUUAUAUUCAAAAACAGAAAAAUUUUUUCGUUUUUUAGCACUUUUUGUUUUAAGAAUUUGGAAUGUUUUUUAUUUGUUUUGUUUUUGCUGUUUUCUGUUUUUGUUAUAGCUCAGCAUUUUAUUGCAGCAUUUCAAAUAGACUAAUUCUUUUAUUGUCACUUUUUUCUUGUACGGUAAGACAGAUAAUCGAUAGCACAGAAAACUGAUUUUCAGCAUAAAAGUUGUAUUUUGGGAACUAAAAACAAUUAUUUUCUAUUUUUCCUUCACUUUUUUAAUUAAUUUUGUUGAACUAAAAUUUUGUUUUAAGAAUAAAGGCGUUUUUUUCUCCAACUUUUUCUUUAAUUGCUGUUAGUCAGUUUAUUUAUCUUAAAUAUUUCUAAUGUGUAACCAUUAUAGUUUUUCCCCCUUAACCCCAUAUAAAUAAUAUAGGUAAGCUUUGAUUAUUUUUCUAUAAUGACUAACUUAUUUUUAAAUAAAAAAAUAAUAUUUGUAAUUUUUUUUAAUGUUGCUAUUCGGCUGCUGAAUAUUCGAUUUAUGAAAAUGUUUAUUUUUUUGGCAGAAUAUUUGGUAUUCAGCUAAAUCACUAUUCGUUACAUCCCUACUAUUUAUAAAAUUUCACUUUUAUACCUAGCAGCAGUAGUCAUCACUGUGUUACUUUAUUGCACUGCAGAUUGUUCUGUUGAAGAACAUUUUUCAUUUUAAAUUUCUAUAAAACGUGUACAUAUAAGGCAAGUGGAAAACAUUCAUGUUUCUAAUAUGUGAUUUUCACAUAAUGCUUUAAAUUUCAUUUAAAAAAAAUUUUAUGUGUGCAAAAUUUAAAUUACACACAGUCCCAUUGAUGCAACAAUUUCAGAGGCAGAUCUGGUGUUAUCAGACUUAAAAAUAAAAAUCUGAUCCGAAAAAUCCAAGUUGCUUGGCUUUGAUAUGCUUGAAAUGUCACAAUUAUAUUUACUUUGUUUUUUAUGUAGUAAAUUGCAAGCUUUUAUGUGUGCAAGAUUUUGAUUAAAAGCAAACCACAAGAUGCUGGAGUCAGGGUUAGCUUAGAGGCAAUUCUCCUUAAAAAUUAAUCUAUCAUUAAGUUAAAAAUAAAUCUGUGCUUGGAAACAUUUUCUUUUUGAUAUCCGUAAAAUCACAUAUCUCAACUUAUAUAAUUUUGAAAGAUGUUAAGUACUAGGACUACUAUUUCGAAGUUUGAAGUGAACUAAGUCUCAAUCUUUAAUAAAAGUAUAAAUGCUAAAAAAUUUUUAAAAAAUCAUAUGUAAAAAAGAAUAUAAUUUUUUUGAUGAAUAUUUUCAAGAUAAAUCUUUCAAUUAUGUGAUCCUCUUUCAAAAAGUAUUUUAUUUUAUAACUGCCUUACCUAUUUCUUGAAGCGUUAAAUGCAUUUGUUUCUUUUUAUACAUGUUAUCUAGUGCUAAAGAAAAAGAAAU